CCCUUCCGAACUUUCUCUCUCUCCCCCGCUCUGGAAAUUAGGGUUUCAUACAGGCUUCUUCACUCACUUCUCCGUCCCUAUUUAUCUCUCUUUUCUCUCUCCAUCUCUCUCUUUCUUUCUCUCUCUAUUUCUCCGCUCGAUCUUCGUGUUUUCAAUGCCUGCGAUUCUCUGCCGGAGAUUACUUACCCGGUGCCAAAUUGUUCAAUUUCUUGGGCGAUUUCGGCCUAUCAAGGAAUUCGUCUGUUUGAUUGAUUCCGAAUAGCGUGCCCUAGUUUAAUUGGGUCUCCGAUGGCGCCGAGUCGACGGAAAGGAGCCAGCAAAGCAGCCGCCGCGGCCGCCGCUCGCCGGCAGUGGAAGGUCGGCGAUCUUGUGCUUGCUAAAGUCAAGGGCUUCCCUGCUUGGCCUGCGACGGUAAGUGAGCCGGAGAAGUGGGGGUACUCUACUGAUUGGAAGAAAGUACUCGUGUAUUUCUUCGGAACCCAACAAAUAGCCUUCUGCAACCCUGCUGAUGUUGAGCCAUUUACUGAAGAGAAGAAACAAUCUCUUCUGAUCAAACGUCAUGGGAGGGGUGCUGACUUUGUUCGUGCAGUGCAGGAGAUUGUUGAGAGUUACGAGAAGUUGAAGAAACAGGAGCAAGAUGAUGGUUUCAACUCUGAAGAAGUGGCUCAUGCGAAUGGUGGGAACUCGGUUGAGUCAUCAUCAAACCUUGAGUCAAAAGAUCAUCUUGAAGCUCCUGAAGCUACUUUUGAUUCUCAAUUUAACUCUCCACAUUCUACUGCCGGUGGAAAUGAGCCACCUCAUCAUGCUGAUAAUACUUCACCUGCUGCACCUAAAGAUGCUGUGGAUGGUAAAGAGGAACCUACUGAUUCUGCAGCAGUUUCAGAAAAACCUUUAUGUACCUUGUUAAGAAAAAGAUCUAAAGAUUUGCCUUUGCAAAAUGGCGUUUCACAGAGAAAAGAGGCGAUAGUUAGAAAGUCUAGAAGCUCAUCCAGGCUGGAAUCUCGUAGGUUGCGAGGUUCAACAGUGCAAUGUAAUGAUAGUGGCAAGAAUGCAGCGGAUAUAUCAGCUACUGUCACUCGUGAUGAGUUGUUACGAAGAAAUAAGCAAAAGAGGAAAUCAACGGAUACCUCUGAAUGCGAUGUUGUUGAUUUAUCUGCUUUUGUUUCAAGUGGGAGCACUGAUGACAAUGGCUCUGAAAUUGUCACAAUCGAGUCUGACGCCUUUAGUUUUAAUGAAGGUAGUACUAUUGAUUCUGAUUGUAAAAUUGAGCACUCAGAGACUCUUGUUGGAUAUGUGGAUGGUGAUGUUGAGUUGAGUAAAGGUCUUGAUCUCCAAAUAAAGGCUGUUGUUAUCAAGAAGAAAAGGAAGCCAAAUAGAAAGCGGCCAAAUAACGAUGCAGUACCUACUGGUACAUUAGAUAAGGAGGCGAGUGUGCAAAAUACUAGUGAAAGUUCCCAAAAUGCUCGUGAAAAGAUGAAUGGAGGCUGUCCCAAGGAAGAUGGAGAUGAGCACCUUCCUUUGGUAAAACGAGCAAGGGUUCGGAUGGGUGAAUCAUCUUUGAAGGAGCCUAAUAGCGUUUCAAACACAGAAGAGAAUACCCAGAAGGAAGUUACCUUAAAUAAAUCAGGAGCAAUUAACAAAUCUUCACAUUGUGUUGAUUCUACUGAUAGGGGCUCAUUUAUGAUGAAUGCAGUGAUGGAUGCAUCUCCUUCACGAGGUACUCAGCUUCAUGAAAGUAAGUCUCAGCCUUGGAAACCUAAAAAGGACCAGUCAUUUGGCUGCUCAGUUGAUGAGGAAGCUGCCUUGCCACCAUCCAAACGCCUUCAUCGUGCUCUUGAAGCCAUGUCUGCUAAUGCUGCUGAAGAAGGUCAGUCACAUAUUGAUGUGUCAUCUGACACGAAUACACAAACUGGUGUAUAUUCUGUUUCUCCGAUGAGGAGAUCCCCUGAUAUGAUUAUGACCAUAGAAGGGAAAAAGGCUGGUGAAGUGGAACUGCAGCAUGUGGACUCUAUCAGUGGUAAUGCUCAAGGGGUUGAUGUGUCUGGAUUUGCUACCAGUUUUAACACUAGUGCAGUGGAAAAUGAUGAAUUACUCCAGGAGACAAGCUUUCAUUAUCUAAAAGUUGAGCAUUCUAAUGCCCAAAACAACAAAUCUGGUGAAGAAUGUUUCACGGAUGCUGGGCAUCAUGCUGAUGCAAAAAACCCUUGUGGCGGAUCCAAUAAUGGUGAACUUGCUGCAACUGCAGUUCCAACUCAAAGCCCAAGGCAUUUAUCAUCUAGUCCCAACAGAAAAGAAUCUGAUGUCAGAUCUGUCCAAGGUUCAGCAGAUGACUUGUCGCUUCCAAUGGACAAAGGCAAUACUGAAACUAUUGAAUCAACUAAUUAUACUUCAGAUAAGAUGAAACACGAAUUGGAUUCAUGCAAAUGUACUACAGUGAGUUUGGAUAGCGUAUCAGAUACCCACGAUAACGCUGUUAAAGUUUCACCUCAAUGUGGUAGUGGUGCGAUUCAUUUGAAUACAGAAAGCACUGUUUGUGAGAAUACCAGGUCUUUUGAGCCGCCACUUGCUGAUAAUAGAGAAGAAAAUGACAUGUCUGAUGUUGUGACAGAGGUCAUAAACAAACAAAGGGUGGAAGACCCAAGUUCUCUGUCAUUUCCAAAUGAUCACUUGGGUGAUGGUUUAGCCAUUCAUUCAAGUCCAUCUCUAACGGAUGGGGGCGAUUCUCUGGCACAGGCAUCUCCACCUAAUGCCUCAUUAGGCCAUGCAUCUACGUCAGAUAAUAGUAGUUUUCGUCAAAAUAAUAGUAGUUUUCGUCAAAAUAAUAGUAGUUGUAGUCCUGAUGUACAUCUACACGACAAGAUAACUUUGCAUCCUCCUGUUGCUGAUGAAGAAGGAAAAUUUGAAUCAGUGGUGACUCAAAGACCAAAAUCUUUGGGCAAGUAUGCAGAAUUAAAUGCUGCGUUGUCCUCCUUUGAGGCAAUGCUUGGAACGUUGACAAGAACAAAGGAGAGUAUUGGUCGAGCAACACGUGUAGCUAUUGACUGUGCAAAGUUUGGUGCAUCUUCCAAGGUUGUAGAUGUUCUUGCACGUUGUUUGGAAACUGAGUCAAGCUUACACCGAAGGGUGGACUUGUUCUUUCUCGUGGAUUCUAUUGUGAAAGGUGAUGUCGGUGGUUGGUACCCAUCUGCAAUCCAAGCAAUGCUGCCACGGUUGUUAGCAGCUGCUGCUCCUCCUUCCGUGCAUGAAAAUCGUCGACAGUGUCUCAAGGUUUUGAGGCUUUGGUUAGAAAGGAAGAUACUGCCUGAAUCCAUUAUUCGUCGCCAUAUGCGAGAACUGGAUUCCUAUGGUGGUUCUUCCGGUGCCUUCUCUAGGCGCUCAUUGAGAACUGAGAGGUCUUUCGAUGAUCCUCUUAGAGAAAUGGAGGGUAUGCUUGUUGACGAAUAUGGAAGCAAUUCAAGUUUUCAGCUUCCAGGAUUUUGUAUGCCCAGCAUGCUCAAGGAUGAAGAUGAAGGAAGUGAUUCUGAUGGGGGGAGUUUUGAGGCCGUCACUCCUGAGCAUAGUCCUGAAAAACGUGAAGACCACGAACAAACAUCUGUUGUUGAAAAGCAUCGGCAUAUUUUGGAAGAUGUUGAUGGAGAGCUUGAAAUGGAAGAUGUGGCCCCAUCUUGUGAAACAGAAUUAACUUCUUCUGGUGCUAUAGGAACAGUUGUCGCACAAGUUUCCCAAAGCCAGUUUGAACCAAAUAUGUCACUGCCUUUUGCGCCUCCACUGCCUCAGGAUGUGCCACCAUCAUCUCCUCCACUUCCAUCAUCCCCUCCUCCACCACCACCUCCCCCUCCUGCCAUGCACCCACCAUGUGUUGUGUCCGCUUGUGCAAACGGCGUAGAAGCACAUAAUAUGCAGGACACCAUGGUCCAGCCUGUUGCCCAGCAGUCAAAUGCACCCAGAAUCAACCACUAUCCAUCUUCUGAAUGUAGAGAUCAUCAAAGGCAGAUGCCUGAGUCUUACCCGGGUCCCAAUUUUCACAACAAAGGCUACCCUUUACGGCCACCUCAUCCCCCACCAUCAAAUCAGUUUUCUUAUGUUCGAGAAGAACAGUUUAAGCCUCGUAGGGAGGGUGCCCCACCUCCUCCCUACUCCAAUAGACACCACUUUGUGCAGAACUGGGACCGAGAAAACUUUUACAAUAAUCACGAGAGAAUGAAACAAGCUCCACAUGAGCAUCACGAUGGCUGGAGGUUCCCUCCACAUUCUUUUUCUGGUCCUCCCUAUCCUGGCAAAGGGAAAUCUUAUGGACCUGUUCCAUUUGUUGGCCCUCCGUCUGAACAAACAAGGUUACCUGAUCAAGGUUGGAGAUUUCCUCCACGCUCAAUGAGCCAUAGGAAUUCCGUCCCUUUUAGACCACCACCUCUUGAAGGUCCUAUACCUGUCUCAAGCAGAGAGAUGGGUGCUUCUCAAUCCGUAUCUGAAAAAUCCAUCCACGAAUUCACAGUCAAGGACGCCAGAGGCAAGGACGUUGACCUUAGCAGCUACAAAGGGAAAGUCCUUCUCGUCGUUAACGUCGCUUCCAAAUGUAGCUAUACGGAUUCGAAUUAUACUCAACUGACUGAGCUUUACAAUAAAUACAAGGACAAAGGUUUGGAGAUAUUGGCAUUUCCGUGCAAUCAGUUCUUAAAGCAGGAGCCUGGGACGAGCGAGGAGGCGGAGAAAUUCGCAUGCACUAGAUACAAAGCUGAAUAUCCGAUCUUCCAAAAGGUGAGAGUCAAUGGGACCGACACAGCACCUGUAUACAAAUUUCUCAAAGCGAGUAAAACUGGAUUUCUGGGAUCUAGGAUAAAGUGGAAUUUCACCAAGUUCUUGGUUGACAAGGAUGGCCAAGUCAUCGAGCGCUAUGGCACGGGCACUGCUCCUUUGGCCAUCGAGGCCGACAUUAAGAAGGCAUUGGGAGAAGCGUGAGAUCUCUCCUUCCCAGUUCAGAUUGUACCAUAAUAUUAUCCGUCCUAGUGUGGAAGGCCAAAACUUCUAGAGUUUAUGAAGUGAUUAGUGCCUAUGUUCGCUGCUGCUGUUUGAUUUUCCCACUUUUUACAUCUUUUUAAGACCUGUACCCACUUGUAAUAUUCUUUUCUCUUCCUUUUGACUUCAUUACUACCACCAUGUCCAAUAUUCGUUCUGUUGAUAAGUCUGAUGUACUGUGUAAUCUCUGUUCUCUGAAACACUUUUAAAGUCAAAAUAAGACUCUGUAUCCAUUGUGUAUAUUAUAGCUUCGUUGACUUCGGAAA